AUGAAUCUUUGCAAUGUGUUUUUUGCUGUGGCGUUUAGCUCUUUAUUACCAUCGGUACUGUCUCAAAGAUUGACCAUCACUUCUCCUGAGCCCAAUGCGGUUGUGACACCGGGCGCUGCUACGGAUAUAGUACUUCACUUGACAUCCACCACCUCCUCCGUAAAGCAAGUCGCAUGCACCCUUGGCCUGCGACCCGUAGGCGGCGGCAAGGCCCUCUAUGUUUCCAACACAGCUUUCAAUGCAAACGGACCAAAAUUUGAUGAGCAAAAGCUUACCUAUACUUGGACAGUGACUUUACCAAGUGCCGACAAGUUCGGAGAGGGGAUAGGCCAGAGUUACAAUUUAACACUCUCGCAAUAUUACUUGAUCAGUGCUACCAGCACUCCAGUACUCUCCGAGUUUUCUAGUCUUGUUACUGUUAAAUAA